UGGAAGCUCGAAGUUUGACGCGAUCCAAGGUCAAGGUCAUAUCAGCAUGGCUAGAAAUGGAGAACGUGUUUCUGUGAAUGAAGACGAUGAUGAAGAUAUUUAUGAUCCAAAAAGCAGGGGAUUCUGUCGUGCAUGUGUCGACUUGUCAAAGUUUGGUCUUACAAAGACAAAGGAGAUGGUAUCCAAACCGAGUGUAGAGUGUCCACCGGAUAAAAUUGAACUUGGAAAGGCAACAUGGACUUUGUUGCAUACAAUGGCAGCAUAUUACCCUAUACACCCGACACUGAAACAACAAGAAGAUAUGAAGAAGUUUUUACAAAUUUUUCCUCAGUUCUUUCCAUGUCGACCAUGUGCUUAUGAUUUUGAGUCGAACAUUGUUGUUCAUCCACCGAAAUUGGAUAGUCGUAAUGCAUUAAGUGGAUGGUUAUGUAUGCAACAUAAUUUAGUAAAUAAAAAAAUUGGUAAACCGUUAUUUGAUUGUACUCAUGUAUUGGAAAGAUGGAGAUAUGGUUGGAAAGAUAAUGAUGAUUGUAGAUUACCAGAACAAGAUUAGUAACAUUUUCAAUGACUUGUCUUUUAAUAAAUAUACAUAUUGUGUGUGUGUGUGUGAAUAUGUGUGUUUAGUGAUUAUUCAGAUUUCCUUUCAAUUUAUAUUCUCUUGUUUCUAUGUUUGUUCAGUAGUAAUUUGCUUUGUUAUUACUAAGACAUAAUUAUGAGUAGUAUAAUAGUGUACACUAAAAAUUCAAUCAUUAUAAAAAUAUAUGCAUUGGACAGUUUGAGUUGAUAUUUCAA